AUGGCUAGAAGUACUUUUUCUUCCAAUAUACCCAAGUUCUUAGACAUUGGAAAGAAAGAAAUACAAAAAUAAUUUCAUUCUCUUCAUUUCAGGGAGGAGGGUUUACAAGGGAAGCUUUCUUCUUCUUCUUCAUAUUCCAAAGAAGAAAGAUGAAGGGAAUGAAAGGAAAGUUCCUAAAGAAGCUGAGAUCUAUUGGACAGAUUGGUUCUCUUAAACAUGGCAGAGUCCUUCAGAUGAAUGCUUCAGAUGGACUGUUGGACCCCAUCCCUCCUAAUGUGUUCCGUACUCCAUCCCUUCGUAGUCUGUCCCCACAGGAACCAGAUGCCAUAGAUGUAGCUGAGAUCAUGAGAGACCUUGGAGAAGAUGAGGAAGAAGAAGAUGCAGGGCCCGCCAUUGACAUCAUCAUGGACAAAGAAAAUAUCCAGCCACCGAAUGCGGCGGCAACAAAAACGAUGUCUCCCGUGAAGGAUAAUUCAGAGAGGCAGCAGCAGAGCCCACUGUCGGAGCUCCACAAGUGCUCUUUCCGUCGACCGGACUUGAAUUCUGGCAGCCUGUUCGAUCCAGACCUGCUGGCGGCAUUCCAGCGGGCAGUGAUGUUCCACUUCCAGGCCCACGAGCCCAAUAACAGAAACAGAAAUUCAGAGAGUCUUGAGAAAGGAGAGACUCAUGUGGAAGAUGCUCUGUUGGGAUUUGAACUGCGUGGCCCACCACCAGGAGGAUCAGAAUCUGUAGUUUUGUACACCACAAGCAUACGAGGAAUCCGGAAGACAUUUGAGGACUGUAACAGAGUUCGAUUUCUGUUAGGAAACUUGAAAAUAAACUUCUUAGAGAGAGAUGUGUCAAUGCACAAGGAAUUCAGGGAAGAGCUGUGGAGGAUAUUGGGAGGUAGAGUAGUCCCUCCAAGGUUGUUCAUCAAGGGAAGGUACAUUGGUGGUGCUGAUGAGGUGCUCGGAUUACACGAGCAAGGGAAGCUGGUUAGUCUUCUCAGAGGGAUGCCGAUCGAUUGCUCUGGUGGAACGUGCAAUGUCUGUGGUGGGGUUCGGUUUGUCCUUUGUUUCGACUGCAGUGGUAGCCGUAAGAUCAUAGCUGAUAAUGUUGUUGAUGAUGAUGGGGUGGGGUCUGUUAGAUGCCCCACUUGCAAUGAGAAUGGAUUGGUCAUAUGUCCUACCUGCUGCUGCUGAGGAAUGAAUCUCUAGUUCUUUCUUGUUUUUUUUUUUUUUUCCCAACCAUGUCAUGGCUGGCUACUUGGGGACUACUCUCUACUCUCAUGCCAAUGCAGCUUUUCUGCGUGACGAAUAUGGGAUGCCAUGGCCCCAAAACUUGGGGGGUUCUGUUCAUCAGGCGAAUAAAAUGGAUGGUUAAAAGGAAGUGGCCAACAACAAAACAAUACUUAUUUGGAGUGACAGCAGAUUCAUGGUGGGCCACACAUUACCCCAUUGGUCCCGAUAUCAAACAACAAAUCACCAUAUUGGCAAGUAGCCAUCCAUCCCUUUUGUUUUGUUCCUGAGUUGCUGUACUAGAGAUUUUCUUUCUCUAUCUUCCGUCAAUGCUUACUAGGAUUGAGGUAUUUCUUGUGUAAAAUUCAGAUGGUCUUCAUCUUUACUGCAUUGGUUUUUGUUUGUAUGUAUGUAAUAUGUGUUGAUUGA